UCUAUGGUUCCCCCGGCCUCCCCGGAAGCUCUUGCGAACGCUGGGUUUGAGAGGCCGGAAGUGGUGCUGCCGUUGCUCGCAGUUUCAAAAUGCAGUGCAGGCCUUAGGGUCUCCGGCUGCCACCCCUCCCCCAGCUAGGAGGGGGAGCGACUCAUGGAGCGGCCGUAAGGAUUCACCUGAGGGACACUUGGCUGGUUUAGUUUUUAGCUUCUGUGCUGGAUUUGAGAAUUGAGAAUUUCAGUUCAGUUUUGCUAACUGUGGAGUCUUCACUGCCAAAAUGACAUCACAUUCCACCUCGGCCCAGUGUUCAGCAUCUGACAGUGCUUGCAGAAUUUCUUCGGAACAAAUUAGUCAGGUGCGGCCAAAACUGCAGCUUUUGAAGAUUUUGCAUGCAGCAGGUGCGCAGGGGGAAGUAUUCACCAUGAAAGAGGUAAUGCACUAUCUAGGCCAGUAUAUAAUGGUGAAGCAGCUCUAUGAUCAACAGGAGCAACAUAUGGUAUACUGUGGUGGAGAUCUUUUGGGAGAUCUACUUGGAUGUCAGAGCUUUUCUGUGAAAGAUCCAAGCCCUCUCUAUGACAUGCUAAGAAAGAAUCUUGUUACAUCAGCUUCUAUUAACACAGAUGCUGCUCAGACUCUCGCUCUCGCACAGGAUCACACUAUGGAUUUUCCAAGUCAAGACCGACUGAAGCACGGUGCAACAGAAUACUCCAAUCCCAGAAAAAGAACUGAAGAAGAGGAUACUCACACACUGCCUACCUCACGACAUAAAUGCAGAGACUCCAGAGCAGAUGAAGACUUGAUAGAACAUUUAUCUCAAGAUGAGACAUCUAGGCUUGACCUUGAUUUUGAGGAGUGGGACGUUGCUGGCCUGCCUUGGUGGUUUCUAGGGAAUUUGAGAAACAACUGUAUUCCUAAAAGUAAUGGCUCAACUGAUUUACAGACAAAUCAGGAUAUAGGUACUGCCAUUGUUUCAGACACUACGGAUGAUUUGUGGUUUUUAAAUGAGACCGUGUCAGAGCAAUUAGGUGUUGGAAUAAAAGUUGAAGCUGCUAAUUCUGAGCAAACAAGUGAAGUAGGGAAAACAAGUAACAAGAAGACGGUGGAGGUGGGAAAGGAUGAUGAUCUUGAGGACUCCAGGUCCUUGAGCGAUGAUACUGACGUGGAACUUACCUCUGAGGAUGAGUGGCAGUGUACGGAAUGCAAGAAGUUUAAUUCUCCAAGCAAGAGGUACUGUUUUCGUUGCUGGGCCUUGAGAAAGGAUUGGUAUUCGGAUUGUUCUAAAUUAACUCAUUCCCUAUCUACAUCUAAUAUUACUGCCAUACCUGAAAAGAAGGACAAUGAAGGAAUUGAUGUUCCCGAUUGUAGGAGAACCAUUUCAGCUCCUGUUGUUAGGCCUAAAGAUGGAUAUUUAAAGGAGGAAAAGCCCAGGUUUGACCCUUGCAACUCAGUGGGAUUUUUGGAUUUGGCUCAUAGUUCUGAAAGCCAGGAGAUCAUCUCAAGCGCGAGAGAACAAACAGAUAUUUUUUCUGAGCAGAAAGCUGAAACAGAAAGUAUGGAAGAUUUCCAGAAUGUCUUGAAGCCGUGUAGCUUAUGUGAAAAAAGGCCUCGGGAUGGGAACAUUAUUCAUGGGAAGACGAGCCAUCUGACGACAUGUUUCCACUGUGCCAGGAGACUGAAGAAGUCUGGGGCUUCGUGUCCUGCUUGUAAGAAAGAGAUUCAGUUGGUUAUUAAAGUUUUUAUAGCAUAGUUGAGUCAGUCACAGAGAAAUACUAGGAGGACCAGGUCAUUUAUCAAAAAAAUCAGUAUUCUUAGAGGCAGGGGCAGAAGAUCACCAAUUUUGAUGCCAGUCUGGGCCAUAUAAUGAGAUCUUAGUCUUAAAAGGAUCAGUAUUGAGCAUCUUUUAUAAAUGUGACCCAUUGCAUAUGUUUAUUUGUAUAAGCAUAUAUGAACUUUUAGCUAAGUUUUGAGGGUUUCAUUAGUGAGAAGAUACUUUGUUCUUCCAAAUUGUGAACCCAGAGGGAAUAAUAUCAAUACAAACAUAGCAAUGCAUUCUUUUAUUCACUUCCAAAUUAUUGCAAGAAUAAUACAUUAGUUGAUUUAUUCUCUACCCUGGUGUUAUGUAAUGUUCUUGAGGCAUCAAAAUCUAAAGCAUUUAUUAAAUACUGGGGCUAACACUGAAGAGGACAUAUCCAGUCAGUCGCUCAUUGUGUAGUCAAGGAUGACCUUAAAUUCCUGAUAGCUGUCUCUACCACCUAUGUGCUCAUAGGCUCAUAGGCCGCCCCACUAGCCCAUCUGAAAUCUCUUAGUUUUAGGUCAGGUAACACAGGUGUACAUCUCUCCACAGCCUUAUUAUCAGUUCCAAAAAGGAAAGGCACAGACUUUGUUGCCCACACUUUGCAUUUGUCUCUCAAGCUGGCUGGGUGUUUUGUGUUUUGUGCUCUGCAGCUGUUCACAUUCUGAGGCAGUGGCCUAUGAUAAGGCUUGAACAGUAGAGAGGAGGAAUGUAGCAGCUGUGAAAGGAGGGGAACAAAUUGAUCUCUUCAAUUCUGCUUAGUCAUUUUAGACCACAUCAACUUAGUAUAAUAUCAAUAUAUGAACUGAAGAUCUUCACGCUGAAUCCCGUAUGCCUGUUCUGUGUCCACUGAACACAUGGCCAUCUUGAUGUUUCCCCAGGGACAUGAGAACAUCAUUUUAAAGACCAAGUCCCUAGAACUAUUGAGCUUGAGGGCAAUCUAGCUGUCUUGGCUUUUCCUAUGGCUCCUGCUGUUAGAAAGGGGGAGAUGCAUGGUAUCCAGUCCCCUUAAUGUCAUUAUGUCCCUGCUGGACUGGGACCACUGGGGCUCCUCUAAUUACUACUAAGAGGAGCUAUGUUAGCUUUAUCUUGCAUUGAUCCCAUGUUCCCUGUCUGUCCCAUGCUCUACCAUUAGACCCAACUUUACCAAAUUCUCACUGGAUCAGUUAUCAUAGUUACUCUUUAAUUUUGAUGACAAAGCACCAAUGCAAAAUAUAAAAGAAAGCAUUUAAUGGGGUUUGCUUUUGAGAGGGUUAGAAUCCAUGAUGGCAGGCAGGGACAGCUGAGAGCUCACAUCUUGAUCUGCAAGUAGAAUGCAGAGAAAAAGAGAGCCCUGGAAAACCCCAGGGCCUGCCCCCCCAGUGUCGUAAUUGGUCUACCUUUUCCACCGACUGGGGUCCAAGUAUUCAAACUUAAGAGCCUGUGGUUUAUAUUCUCAUGUAAACCACCACAUUCCAUGAAAAGAAUUACUAAUUACUGUGCUGCAGAACCAGUAUUAGGCGUUCUGGACACCUCUUCUAUCAAAGAAAUUACUUUUCACUCCAGGCUUAGGCAAAUUCUUAGGACAAGGGUAGAAGGCAGCCACAUUCUUUGUCAAACAUAACCAGAAUAAGUCUUUAGCCAGUUGUUAAUAGUUGUUCUACCCUGCAGCCUCUUGAUCUAGGCUUCCUCUCAGUACUAACUGUCUUUUAGGCUCCAACUGGACCCAUUAAGCUCUGUUUACAGCCUUGAACCCUUUCUUAGUCCAAAGUCUUACACAUUCCUCCAAAAAAACCACAUGGUCAGGUCUUUCACAGCAAAGAUCCACUUCCUGGUAGUAGCUUCUGUGUCUUGGCUACUCUAAAAUUGCUAUGACAAAACAUCCCGACCAAGGCAGAAUGUACAAGAAAGCAUUGAGUUUAUGGUUUCAGAGGUAUUUAGUUCAUGAUAGAACAGUUGAGAGCUUACAUCUUGAUCUGUAAGUAGGAGGCAGAGAGAGAACCCAGGGGAUGGCAUGGACUUUUGAAACCUCCAAGCCUUCACCUUGUGACAGACCUCCCCAACAGAGCCACAUCUCCUAAUCCUUUCCAAGUAGUUCCUCCAACUGGGGACCAAAUACUCCAGCAUGAGCAUAGGGGAGCAUUCUCAUUCACACCACCAGUUUGCCGAGGAACUUUCCUAGCCAUGGCUUGUCAUUCAUUGCUCCCAGUUGAUAAUUUCACUAUUUGUAGCAAACUCAGUGGCCAAGUCCUUGCUAUUAUGGGUCUUCUGCUUGUAUUGAAAAUACUGCAGCUCCUGUUGGGGUUGCUGUGCAGUCUCUCUGAGGGACUGAUAACAGACUUGUAUAUCCAUAUCUCCAUGGCAGUGAGAAACGGUAGCUUAGAGGUAAUCCUAGAAGCCAUCACUCACAGUCCCUGCUUGAGAAUAGGCUAUGAUAUGUCUAGCCCUGGACUUUAGUCAUUUCCUAGACAUGGACCUGCUGGGUGGAAUUGGGUCAUUAUGAUGUUUAAUUCCAAGCACUGCAUUCAAAAUAGGAUACAUGAUAUAGUAUGUCAGCUUCAUUCUAACGUUUCUCCUAAUCUUUUGGGGCAGAGUCUUGCUGUUUCACCAUGACUGGCCUGGGCCUUACCCUACAUCUCAGGCUGGCCUCAGCUUUGCAGUGACCUUCCUGCUUUUGCCUCUCGAGUGCUGGAAUUCUAGGCAUGUAAUGACUAAAUUUCUUAUUUUGCUUUUUAUUUAAGUUUUUGUUACUCUAUCUUGGACAAAAAGUGCAGAGCAGAGGUGUCGGAUUACUAGGAAAGUCUCCAGGGCUUCGCUGUUACUGUGUUCCCCACAGGGACUUCCUGGUUGUUGACGUGCUUCUGUUUACUACUGUGUCAGAUGAGCGACUCAGAGCUCGGCUUCAGAUAGGUGUGACUGCCGCCCUCGCCCAUUUAGGAUGUAGUAGAUUUAUGAUUGAGGGCUGGAACGGGUAGAUUACAUUGUACCGCCAAGCAUUUGUGACUGUGUGGAUAUAUAUUCAUUAUUUAUGUAUAUUUAGGUGUGUGUGAUACUUUGCAUGGUUUGAAAGAAUCUAUUCUGAAAGCCAGGAUCAUUUGUAACCUUUGUGUGUCAGUUCAAUGUAAUGUUGGGGCCUUUGAAAAGUUGAUUGAGAAAUUGGGGAUCAUUCCCAGUUCUCCGAUGUUACUUGUUUAGUCCUCUUUAGAAAGAAAGACACUUUUGGACCAGCUGUUUCGCUGUUUUGUUCUGUUUCCAUGAUAUUCUGUGAACCUCCAUGGCUUUAGAUACUGUGACUGUUAUUUUCCUUUUUGCCCAAAUUGUUGAUUCAGUCUAAAGAAUACUAUUUUUUGAUGCCUCUUACAAUUCAUGCAUGUGCACACUAUAGAUUGAUGCUACCUUUGCUAAAAAUGUCUUAAGAUAAAGAACUAGCUCUUUAGAACCUGCACUUCAAAGAUAAACCUGGAAGCUGUCCUGUGCCAAAAGUAAAGUGUACAAUGUUUACAGAUGGGUGGAAUUUUGCACUGCCAUAGGGAACGGUGAGCUCGCAUCACGGGGUUCCUUAGAUGUAUGGGUAGAUAGUUGCAGUUGAGCUUAUGAGAGGAACUGUGGAGCCCUCUAAGGCUAAGCUGCUAAUGAGUAUCCAAGACAGGUGGUUGGUGAACGUGACUCCCUAGACCUAGCUGGGGUCUUCUGUUGACAGCUCUUCAUGGUUUGCAGACACUAUAUGUUUUCUUUAGAGGAGCUGCCAGCUCUCCCCUCUUGUGAAAGACUGUCUUGUAGACAUUUUGAGAUCUUUUGAUGUAAUGUGCAAUCCCAAGUAAUGCCAUUAUUGGUGAAUGUAGCAUUGUUAAACUUUUAUUGUAAAUUAUCUCUGAUCUUACCUUGAUAGCCUUAGGGUUUUUUGUUUUUGUUUUUUUUUGUUAUGUUUUCAGAGACAGAGUCUCGCUAUUUGGUUUACCUAGAAUUUGCUUUAUGAUUAGGCUGUCCCCAAACUCACAGAUGUCUGCCUUUCUACCACCACGCCCAUGUAACUGAUGUUACCAAAAAUGAUCUCAUAUCCAUGGUGUUGCUUAUGUGUCUUUGCAUAGGCGCCUCCUUCAGUCCCAUCUAGGAGCACAGCACAGUAGAAGUCCAUUUCUUAAGUGGGCAGAGUCAGAGAUAAGCUAAGAGGGCAAGUAGUUGCUUCAGUGGUUUUUAGAGCUUGGCAAACGCUUUACUGAAGAUUAGCAUUGUGUUGUGACACUUGAGGGCCAAUACGAGCAUUUAAUUUGUUACCUAAAGGUGCUUUGUGUUCUUAAACAGCAAGUAUUUGAUGUGUGUAAACAUUUCCCUUCAUUCUCCCUCCCUCCUCACCGUUUUUAUGGUCUCCUAUUUCUGAGUUAGCUGCAUUUGGACAUUGCUUUUAUGCCAGAGGCCAUCUGUCACCUUGGAUGUUUAGAAGUACAGUGUACUUAUGUAGGGUCCUCCUUGAGCCUGUCCUGAGCAGUGUUGUGGUUACAGAAUUGCCUACGAGCUCCAACAGAGAGGUGGGGAAGCUGGGAGGGCACAGCUGUCUGGCUUCCUUUGUGGAGGUGUUGGUUUGUUUGAACACUAAGGAAUUUGAGGUUAAUCUUCCCCCUCUUCCUGCCCAUAGUUUUCACUUCCCUUUCAGUAAGAACGACCCCCUAAAAGAAAACAGGAGGAGAUGCAGCGCUUUAGGCCGCCUUAGCCAGCAGCUUGUGUCCUACUCUGGAAGUUGUAACCUACAGUUUUUCUCACCUGUAAAGCCAACACACACAGCUACCCGUUUCUACCUCAGUUUGAUGUGGCGACUAUGGAGGAACAACUCUUAAAAGCUCUGACUGCCUUGAAGAUGGAGGAAGCUAGUGGUCUUGGUCGACUGUGCUCUGAGGUUUAUAUUGAGAAUCCUUUAUUCUGGAAGUGAGUGCGGUUCUCCUGACCGCCUGCUCAGUAGAACCUGUGUUGCCUGCUUUAAGUCUCUGCCCACCUGCCUGUCCUUUCCUUGACACUAGGCUCUUGAUUAGGAAGAGUUGUCUCCAGAUGCUUUGAGAAGCACAUGUAAAUCUAGAUAGCACAUUCUACCCUGAUGGAACUUCCUUGCUUGUCUUGCUGUAUAGGAAUUCAUUCUGUAUACACUUGAGUGGGUGGCAUGAGAUGCUCGACUUGUGUGUCGAGAGGCAGUGUCAUGACAUUCCCAGUCUGGUACUUGCCAGUGCAGAAGCAAAUGAGGGGUAAUAAACUGAGAAGAAGGGCAGCUUACUAACGAGGCCAGAGGGAAAUGUUUCCGUGUGUCCUUAUGUAACUUUUUACAGUGCCACUAAGUUAAUAGCCCUGUACAUGGGUGUUUGCACUAUGUAAUGCUUUUAAUGCGGUUUUAUUGUGUUUUUGUGUGAUUAAACAGUUUUCAUUUCAUUGUGUUUUGUCAUUAUUGGAAAUAGGUAAUUUUGCUUAUGUACAGCUAACCCAUUUUCUGUUAUCUUUGGCAUGAUUUGGGGAAGUGAUUAAAAGUCAUUGGCAGCUUUUCCCU